CUCUUUUACACAGAGCACUCUACUCACUCUAAUAUGAAAUGUUGCCCCACACCCACUCCCUCUCAAACAGUUUCAGAAAGUCGCGCCUGCCACACUCGCGCCAAGACAUGUCACGUGCAAUCCGUGUGAUCGUCCCCAUCCAAAGGCCACCACAUCAACUUGCCUCUCAGCCUCGUUUGUGGCCUUGUUGAUGCAAGGUGCCAACUCUCAUCUCGAACCAAGCUAGCACCAACCAAAACCCAAGCCAUGGCCGACCAGAUCCUCGAGAAGGUUCGCGAUCUUGCGGAGGGCCAGAUUGACUUCGAGGGCCAAAGACUAUCCGAGUUGCUUGCCACAAUCGUGCUGGCUGUAGUGGGGGCUAUCGCGUUUGUUAUUGGAUUCGUUCGCCAAGAUAUCACACUGGCGCUCUACGUUGGUCUCGCCGGCACCGCCCUCGCGUUCGUCCUCGUCGUCCCGCCGUGGCCCUUCUUCAACCGGAACCCCGUUCCGUGGCUACCAGUGGGAGGUGCAAGGGCAGCGGGCUCGCAGCAGGCGGCGGGAGGGAUCGUGGUGGAUGGGAAGCAUGUCACGACUUGAUGGUCUGGGGGAAGUGGGAGGGAGUCAACGGGGUUAUAGGCAGGCAAAAACAACAAAAUAUUUCCACCGCAGCAGCUGCCUUCAUUUUUUGAUAUGUUCUAUGCCUAGUACUGAUUAAACGCCA